UGCGCGUCAUUGGUUGUUUCAGCAACAUGGAAGAAGGAAGGCUUCCAGUUAGCCGAUGAGUUAGGAGGUUGCUAACUCCGGACUACGUCGUUAUAAUAUCUAUUAACCGCUUAAUGGACUUCUCUAGAAUAGCAUACUGUUUAAUCGGUUGUUGAGAUGAUGUUCAAGGCCUGACUUUGAAAUAAACAUCUGUCCAAAGAGGCAGGGAUCAGUCUGAUGAGGGGGCUCCUACAGCUGGCAGGAUGCAGCAGAAGAGGAACAUCCAGAUCAUUGAGUGGGAGGACCUGGACAAGAGGAAGUUCUACUCUUUCGGGGUGUUCAUGACCAUGACCAUCCGGGCCACGGUCUACCCGGCCACGCUCAUCCGCACUCGGCUCCAGGUGCAGAGGGGCAAAUCGCUCUACAGCGGCACCUUCGACGCCUUCUUCAAGAUCCUGCGGGCGGAAGGCGUACGAGGCCUGUAUCGCGGCUUCAUGGUCAACACCUUCACCCUCAUCUCAGGCCAGGCGUACAUUACCACCUACGAGCUGGUGAGGAAGUACGUCUCCCAAUAUUCUGAUGACAACACCGUGAAGUCGCUGGUGGCGGGCGGCUCGGCCUCCCUGGUUGCCCAGAGCAUCACUGUCCCCAUAGAUGUUGUCUCUCAGCAGCUGAUGAUGCAGGGCCAAGGGGAGCACAUGACCCGCUUUCGGCUCAAUUCAAACACAGAGACUGGAAAACCCAAAAAAGUGUUUGGCCAAACCAGGAGCAUUAUGGGUCAGAUAUUUGCUGCUGAUGGUUUCCGAGGCUUCUACAGGGGAUAUGUGGCUUCUUUACUCACCUACAUCCCAAACAGCGCUGUCUGGUGGCCUUUCUAUCAUUUUUAUGCUGAGCAGCUCUCAAAUCUGGCUCCCAGUGACUGCCCUCAUCUGAUUCUACAAGCCAUGGCCGGGCCGCUAGCUGCUGCUACUGCCUCUACUGUCACCAACCCGAUGGAUGUAGUCAGAGCCAGAGUGCAGGUUGAAGGAAGGACUUCAGUCACUGAGACCUUCAGGCAGCUGAUCAAAGAGGAGGGCUUCUGGGGAUUGACCAAAGGACUGUCGGCACGCAUCAUUUCAUCCACACCCACCACCAUCGUCAUGGUGGUCGGCUACGAGGCGCUAAAAAAAAUGAGUCUGCGGCCGGAGCUGGUGGAUUCGAGACACUGGUAGAAGCUACCUGGACAUUCUUCAUAUGGAUGUGCCAUUUUAGCCCACAGCCCUAAAUUAGAGCAGCGUGAGAUUGAAAAGUGUCUGAUGGUACGUCUCCCACAUCUUCUAUUGGCAUAUGCUGAUUCUGAGUGGUAUGCUGAGGCGGUUUCACUGUUUUACACCACUCUAAAACUCAUGUCUAUGCUGCAGCUGUGUGCGACUUAUAAAUGGCUUAACACUCCCAGCUCACUGGCAGAUACCACUUUUCACCGGCAUACUGCUGGUGUGUUGGAACUCGCAGCAAAUCUCCCGGUGCAACAACAGUGAUACGCUGUUUUCAUGUGGCUCAGCAGCGAUUAUAUGCUAGUAAAGAACUGCCAUAAGCCGGUAGGGAGUGGUAUCUGGUAGUGACUGUUUUCAUGUGCCAUAUGCCGGUCGUACAGCAGAGACAUGCCACUAGCUAAAGCAGCAUAUGACACUAAAACAAAACACACUACGGGUAUGCAGGCGGACAGAGGGACCUAGAACGGGAGCGGCAUAUCAUCAGCCACUUUUUGAUCUCGGCAUCACUCCUAAAUUAGACUUCUUCUGGAGGCACCAGAUGUAAGAAAGGUUUGUUGUUGAACAACAGCCUGGGGAACAAAAUAGAAUCAGGUACUUUUUAAAAGACAAACCUCGUCUUCAAAGAUGCAUUUAAUCAUCUGUUACCAACCUAUUAGUCACUGAUUCAAUACCUGGUUUAAACAGUCACACCAGACCCAUGCAAGCAGUUGCAAUCAGAAGGUGUCACUACAAAGUUUUUCAAUCAUUGCAACUUUAUAGGAUUUAUUUUCUUAACUUGGUGAUUGGAAAAAUGAAUCUAUGCUCUACAGUCAGCACCGUUGCGGUGGAUGAGAGUGGAUUGGUCACUGAGCGAGCUGCUGUCAUUAUCCCGCUGUAGUAGCGCUGGCCCGAUAGCUGCUGUCAUUAUCCCGCUGUAGUAGCGCUGGCCCGAUAGCUGCUGUCGUCAUCCGUGUUUGUGCCGUCUUACCAAAACCAAACAGUGUUGGGCCCACAUCAAACAAUAGUUAGAGACACGUCAUAUAACUCGCGGUGACGCAUUUAGAUAACAGGUAAACAAACCUUUCCUGUCUGUUCCCUCUCUCUCUCUCUCUCACCAAACUGGCUUCCAUGUCUUCUCUGCAGUUUUGCCUUUUUAAGUUGCUGCCUUCAUAGUGUGAAAUCAUGACGCGUUAUCUGCUUCUUUUUUUUAUUUUAUUUUUGGUUUCAACUGCAGAAUAUGUGCAAGAUGUUCAGUAGGUAUUAGAAUUACUUCACUGUGGCAGUCUGUGUGUCGUAGGUAUGUUUUUAUUUAUAGACGUCUUGUACGCCGCGGUCAAAACGAAUGACUUCACAAAUUCCAUGAAAAACAGUAAACAGACAGUAAAAUAUUUCAUCGGCAUAAACACAUAGCGCAAAGCAUUCAUGUGACAUAGGAGUAUGCUUUCUUACCGUCAUUGUAGAAAAUAUUGCAGGCACUACGCCGGUUAAGAAACGGCUGAUUUACUGUACAGCUGACUACCAGGAAGUGGAGCAUCGUGUGGGAGUAUCUGAGCUGAAAAGGUUUCCUAUUGUGACACUAAAUGUUGAGUGCAAUAAUGUAAAUGUUUCAUCCUUUUCAGCACAAAAUGUGACUCUACAUUUCUUGUAAAUUGUGUGAAUAAUGUGUCUUUAAAAGAAUGUAUUAUACCUAAUUUAUUCUUUUAUUUUGGGAGUUUCUUUAAGAUUAUAACCACAAAAGUGUCCAAACCUCAAAUUUGUCACAUUAUUAAGUUUGUUUGAAGAUCGAUAAGUUUGAUUAGAGUGGCUCAUGCAGUUUGUUGCUUUUGUAUUGUUGUUGUUUUAAUGACAUUUUUGGCCAGUUUAUAGAUUUGAUCACAUUU